AUGGCUCUCACCAGACGCCUUUUCCUCUCCACCACCACCUCUCUCCCAUCUCCCCUCCUCCAUCGAACCUACGACGAAUCCUUAGUAGAAGUAGAAGAAAAGGAGUUGGAAGCAGAAGGGAUAACCAAUCGCUCCUACUGGACGAAGCGCAUCCACUUCCUCUGCUCCGCCGCCGGCGACCCCGACGCAGCCCUCCGCCUCCUCCAUCGCCUUCGCCUCCGAGGCUUCGUCCCUGACUCCCUCAACCUCGCCAGUAUAAUCCACUCCCUCUGCGACGCCGGCCGCUCCGACGAGGCCCACCGCCGCCUCCUUCUCUCCACCGCAGCCGGCUGGCUCCCCGAUGACCGCACCGCCAACGUCCUUCUCGCUCGCCUCCUCGACGCCCGCACCCCCUCCCUCACCCUCGCCGUCCUCCGCCGCCUCGCCGACGCCAAGCCCGCCUUCGCUCCCUCCCUCACCAACUACAACCGCCUCGCCGACGAGCUCUGCUCCCAACGUAAACCCUUCGAGGCCGUCAGUCUCUUAUCCGACAUGAAGGCCCGUGGCCGCCUCCCGGACGUCGUCACCUACACAACCCUCAUCAAUGGCUUCAGCCGGGCUGGAGAACUGGACGAGGCCCGCCGCCUGUUUGACAAAAUGCUUAAAGGUGGCAUCUUGCCCAAUUCUCUCACCUACAGUGUCCUAAUUAAAGGAGUCUUAAGGAAGCGGAGGGUCGACGAGGCGAGGGAGUUGAUGAUGGAACUUUGGCUGAAGAUGGAAGAGGAGAAGGACCCAUUGGUUAACAGUGCGGCAUUUGCCAAUUUGAUUGACUCCCUGUGCCGAGAAGGAUUCUUUCAUGAGGUCUUUAGAAUUGCAGAAGAGAUGCCACAUAGGAAGAGCCUCCAAGAGAAGUUCGCCUAUGGACAGAUGAUAGAUUCACUCUGCAGGGCUGGAAGGCAUCACGGGGCUUCAAGAAUUGUGUAUAUAAUGAGGAAAAGGGGCUUCUUUCCAAGCUUGGUUUCCUACAAUUGUAUUGUCCAUGGUCUAAGCAACAAUCGAGGUUGUAUGAGGGCUUAUCAAUUGUUUAAGGAAGGAAUUGAGUUUGGAUACUCACCUUCGGAACCUACUUACAAGGUCCUCGUCGAGGCUCUUUGCAAAGAAAUGGAUCUCCACAAGGCCAAGGAUGUAGCCGAAUUCAUGUUACAAAGAGAUAGCAUUGAUAAUACGAGGAUCUACAAUAUAUUACUGAGUGCUCUGCGUCUUGCAGACAAUCCAAGCGAGCAGCUUAAUGUUCUCAUCUCAAUGCUUCAGAAGCAAUGCCGUCCCAAUGCAAUUACUCUUAAUACUGUUAUCCAUGGUUUUUGCAAGAUCGGCAAAGUCACCGAAGCUAAAAAGAUCAUGAGUGACAUGUUGAAUGGGAAGUUCUGUGCUCCAAAUGUGGUGACUUUUACUACCAUUAUUUGUGGGUUGCUGGAUAUUGGGAAUUCAGAGGAAGCCCUUGAUAUAUUGCAAAGGACAAUGCCCGAAUGCCAUUGCUCUCCAAAUGUUGUGACUUACAAUGUGGUUCUACAUGGCUUAGUUAAGCUUCAGAAGGUGGACAAAGCAAUGGAAAUUUUCAAUGAUAUGGUCAGCAAGGGCAUUACUGCUGAUAGCACGACUUACACAGUGAUAAUUGAAGGCUUGUGUAAAAUUGGUCGGCUUGAAGAUGUAAAGAGGUUUUGGGAUGAGAUAGUUUGGCCUUCAAAGAUCCACGACAAUUAUGUUUAUGCUGCGAUCCUUAGAGGUCUUUGUCGCUUGGGGAAACUGGAUCAGGCAUGUGAUUUUUUGUAUGAACUGGUGGAUUGUGGGGUUGCUCCAGGGAUCAUGAACUACAACAUCCUCAUUGACAGUGCUUGCAAACAAGGUUUAAAGAAAGAGGCUUAUCAGAUCAUGGGUGAGAUGAGAAAGAAUGGGUUGAAGCCUGAUGCUGUAACUUGGAGGAUUUUAGAUAAGUUGCAUGAGAAACAAAGUGAGGAACUAACCUUUGAUGGACAAAGUUUAGAAUCUAAAGGUCUCAAAGAGGAGACCGUGAUGCCAGUAGAAUUUGAGGAUGAAACUAUUUCAGAGAUGAUUGAUGAAGAGAAGGAAUACAUCAAUAAGGUCGAGAAUCAUGGAGACCCAUUGGAAGGCCUUGUAGAUCCAAGCCUUUCUUCUAAACUAGUUGGAGAGGAUAAGACCAGUGAGGACCAUAAAUUUAUCAAUAAAAUUGAUUCAACUGGAGGUAUGGGUAGAGAAAAACCUGUACCACCAGAUCUGCAAGAACCACUGUCGAAGAUUGCUAAGAGGGUGUUUGGGCUACUCUAAGAAAGCUAGAGAUUAUGCUAAAAUGAGAUAAAAGAGAAGUUUGGAGCAAAAUGGUUUGCAGAGAGAAGAUAAGUCAACAUAUGAAGGAGAAGUGUGGAUACUAACAGCCCUAUUUUUCACAUUUCCAUAUUGCAGAUUUGAUUGGUUUGAUUUUUCCUCCCUCAAAUGAUGAACAGUUUGAUGCUGAAAAUCUUAAAAGAACAGUUGUUCCAAAUGUUAUGUGGCAGUACAAUGUGGUCUUAUGCCAUCGUAUACAAAUUCACAAUGUUGAUGGAGCAAUAAAAUUUCCACUGAGGACAAAGGUGCCUGCACUGAUAAGACAACCCAGACAUUGAUCAUGUAUGGUUUCUGCAGAUCGGUUAGAUUCAACGAAGCAAAAGAGGAUUUCAGAUGACAUGGUUUUGAACUUCAAAGAUCCAUGUGAAUAUGUGGCCUCUUGCUCCAUGGAUCGAGUUGCAGCAUAUGCAUGCCACUGUUUAGUGCUUUCCAGAUGGCCAAUGAGUUGAGAACAACUUGGUGGAGACAGAUGUGGUGACUGGGAGGUUCAGGUAAGCUUCAUGAGAUGCUGUUGAUCAAAAUUCAGGAAUUGAUGGAACAACAAAAGUUGGAGCAGUAAUGCGGAAUCUACUGAGAUUGAAUUUGAAAAAUACACCUAUCAUAUUUGAAGUGCAUCUGUUCCACAGUUGGACCAACAAGCAUGGAGAGCAGGAAGAAAUUGUUCCAGAUACAUUCCUUAUGAAAAAAAAAAUGUAAUAGGACAGCCAUGGUGAUCACACCAUCAGUAAGAGUGAUUUUGUUGGAUACAUCCCGGGAAAAGCCCACAACAUCCAGAAAAAAUAGAAAAACCAUCAAGGAUGUCCUCUGAACAUUUAUGCAGGCUGUCUAGUAGAAGAUUUUCCUCUCUUUACCUUGCAUAGAUGCUUGACAACAGGAGAAACCUCUUGCAUGGAUGUUAUUUUUGACACUCACACUAGAUGCAAAGAGAGAAACUGUGUUGAAUUCAUCUUUCCUCAUCACAAAUAGGGAGAUCUAGUGAUCGCAUGAUAGCAGAUUUUCACAGAUAGCAUGGAUUUCUGAUUGUGGAUUUUGACCUGCGCUGUACUUCUGCAGUUUAACCCCCCCAUUUGCACUUCCUUUUACAUGUUGCACCGAAAUAACACUGAAAGUUAGAAGGAAGACCAAAUAGAGCUCUAUGACAUAUGCAAAUGUACAGUCCUUCAGAUGUCAUGGUUGGAGUAAUGUCAGGAUGCUCCAGAUGUGCCCAACUCUGUAGCAAGAAGCAGGUAAAGAAGUUUCCGUGUACAGCUAUUAUCUGAUUGUGUACAAUUAAAUAUACAGUUAUAUAUUGUUGUGAACAGCUGUGGUUCAAAUUAUUCCAAGCAUAAUUAUAUAAUGACAUCUAGUUGUGGAGAACAGCUCACUAGCGACACCUUUUGAAGAUAUUU